GUAUGCCGGCGCUGCGAGGCCGCUCAGUCGCGCCGCCCCGCGCCCGCGCGCCGCCCGCCCCAGCGCCCCGCGGCCCCGACGCACGCGGCGAGCGGUUCACGUCUUCACACCGGAAUGUAAAUAUUUAUGGAUGUCAGUUUUCAGUUGUUUAGAUCGGCCGUAAAAUUUAAGGUGAAAUGAAAUCAACAAGGCGUGUGCGGGUACAUGAAGAUGCUAUUCGUCAUAGUGAGUGUAGUAAGCGUGGCGUUGACCGGCUGGCGACGCCGCGGAUGUCGCUGUUGGGCAAGCCGCUCAGCUACCGCGCCACGCGACGGGACGCGCGCUACCGACGCCUCCAGUCCAAGUUCUACAAUUUCCUCGAACGACCCCGGGGUGCUAAGGCUGUUUUAUAUCAUAUGAUUGUGUUCCUAAUGGUGUUCAUGUGCCUGUCGCUGUCGGUGUUUUCUACAAUCGAAGAAUACGAAGCUAAGGCUGGGAUAGUACUUUUCUAUAUGGAGACUGUUGUAGUGGUGUGGUUCGCUAUUGAAUUUUUUUUAAGGCUGUGGUCAUCAGGAUGCAGGUCACGGUACCAGGGAUCGAUGGGUCGCCUCAAAUUUUUGAGGCGGCCUUUCUGUAUUAUAGAUGUCACCACCAUCCUGGCGUCGAUGGUGGUGCUGGGGAUGGGGUCGUCGGGCCAGGUGUUCGCGGCGUCGGCGCUGCGCGGUCUGCGGUUUUUCCAGAUCUUGCGCAUGGUGCGCAUGGACCGCCGCGGCGGCACCUGGAAACUGCUGGGAUCUGUUGUAUACGCGCAUAGACAAGAAUUAAUAACGACCUUGUACAUUGGUUUCCUGGGUCUGAUAUUUGCGUCGUUUUUAGUUUAUUUGGCGGAAAAAGACGUCGCCGACACUAAGUUUAAAAAUUUUGCAGAAGCUUUAUGGUGGGGGGUGAUCACGCUGUGCACUGUGGGGUACGGCGACAUGGUACCGCAGACGUGGCAAGGCAAGUUUAUAGCAUCUUUCUGCGCGUUACUAGGAAUAUCAUUCUUCGCCCUUCCUGCUGGUAUAUUAGGGUCAGGUUUCGCGUUAAAAGUGCAGCAGCAGCAGCGACAAAAGCACAUGAUCAGGCGGCGGCAGCCGGCCGCCACGCUCAUACAGGCGCUGUGGCGGUGCUACGCCGCUGACGAGCACUCCAUGAGUAUAGCCACGUGGAAAAUUCACCAAGUGCCCCUCCCUAGUCCGCAAACGAGCCGAGUGAUGAGUGCUUCAUUCAAGAACAAUGCUUCGUUUGUGUCGCGGCUGCCGACGAUCCGCCGCCACAAGAGCACGUCGCUGCACUCCCCCGCGCCGCACUCCAAGCCCGCGCACCGCUACGACGUCAACGCCAGCGCCGAGAACCUCGGCGCGACGCUGCACGUGCACCGCGGCCCCCGCGGCCCCCUCCACCCCUCGUACUGCGGCGCGGUCGCGGAGACAGCGCUCUCCAAGAGAAUCUCCGACGACGAGGACGAUGAGCCGCGCUGCGUGACUCUGACGCCGCGCCACAAGGCAGCCAUUCGCUUUAUAAGAAAGAUGAAGUAUUUUGUGGCCCGACGUAAAUUUAAAGAAGCACUUAAACCGUACGACGUUAAGGAUGUAAUAGAACAGUACUCGGCGGGCCACGUCGACCUGCUGGCGAGAGUGAAAAACGUCCAGACUAGGUUAGAUCAAAUUCUUGGUAAACAAGGCUCAAAAGCUAAAGACGUGUAUGCGUCAAAAAUUAGCCUAGCAUCAAGAGUAGUGAAAAUUGAACGACAAGUAGAUGACAUAGAAAGUAAGCUAGACCAUCUGUUAGAGAUGUACGAGGAGGACAGAAGGCCUCCGAGGAGGAUCUGCGGCGGGAUGUCGGGGGGCACGGGGGGCGCGGAGGGCGGCGCCCCCGGGGGAUACAUAAGGCCGGCCCUGACGGAGAAGCAGUGCUCGGAGCCCAACUCCCCCGUGUCCAGGUCGUUCGAGCAGCCCGUGCCGGCCUCCGCGCCGCCGGUCCCGCACAAGAGGCCCAUGAACCGGGGCUACUCCGAUCUAGGGACUAGAUUUAUGAAAAAGAAAGUUAUUGUAAAGACGUCUUCGAGUAGAAAUGGUGGAUCACCUCGGGAAGACGAAGUAGUCAUAGUAGUUCCCACCGACAGGGAGGAUACGCCACCGAGACUUGUCACAGAUAGUUCAGAAGUGUGCGCCAGCUGCUCGGUGGAGGUGGAGACGGAGGCGGGAGGCACGCGCUCGGCCAGCUCGGGCUCGCCCUCCUGGUGCGAGGGGGACGCGGGGGACGCGGGUGACGCGGGGGACGGGGGGGACGCGGGGGACGAGCGGGGGUACGGGUCGGGGGACUCGCUGGCGGAGGACACGGCGCUGCUGGGGGCGCAGCCGCCGCCGCCGCGCCUGCUGCGCCCGCAGCGCCGGGACGUCGCCGUCGACCUGCAUCUACUGAGACCCGACGUCUAAUACUCGCUACAAAAGGAACGAUACGACGGUGUACAGUUCGGUCGUUAUAUUGUAAAAAACGCUUGGGCGUGUGUAAGCCGGUAUAGUAUGAAAUAUUGACGACCACUAACAGGAUGAAUUUAGAGAAUGGUAGGCGAGACCUGAAAGUAAAGGCUAUUGUACUUACUAACCUUUUUUUUAACAUUGUCGAAUUAUUUAAUUUUAGGAGCCGAU